UGCUGCUGUUGUUGUUCCGUUACCACUGACAUCCGGAGCCAACUUUACAGGACACCAAGCUAACUGUAGUUUAGCUUCCAUGUUUCUGCAGUUCUACCAUUAGUAUUAAGCCAGUCUGUUUGCAAGUUUUGUAUGUAGGUUGUGUGCUAUGGCGUCGUAGCAUAUGACGCCCAACUGAAACAGUUUGAACGAUUAAAGAUGACGACUUCAUGGAGUGACCGUCUGCAGAACUAUGCUGACUUACCGGCCAACAUGGACGGUGUGGCCAUGAAGAAGUAUCGACGUGAAGCUCAUCACAGCUUUCCAAGGGAUAUGGCUCAAAACCAUCCUGCAAUGAGAGUGUUUGUCAACCGCAGCUUGGCCAUGGAGAAGAUCAAGUGUUUUGGUUUUGAUAUGGAUUACACUCUGGCAGUGUAUAAAUCUCCUGAGUAUGAGUCGCUGGGCUUUGACUUGACAGUGGAACGCCUGGUGUCCAUUGGAUAUCCACAAGAGCUGCUUAACUUUGUCUACGACCCCUCCUUCCCCACCAGAGGUCUGGUGUUUGACACAAUAUAUGGCAACCUGCUCAAAGUUGAUGCCUAUGGGAACAUCCUGGUGUGUGUGCAUGGAUUCACCUUCUUGAGAGGACCUGAGAUUAGAGAGAUGUACCCCAACAAAUUUAUUCAACGUGGAGACACAGACCGCUUUUACAUCCUCAACACACUCUUCAACUUGCCUGAAACCUACCUCUUUGCUUGCCUGGUUGAUUUCUUCAGCAACUGCUCCAGAUAUUCAAGUUGUGAGACUGGCUUCAAAGAUGGCGACCUUUUCAUGUCCUACAAGAGCAUGUUUCAGGACGUCAGAGAUGCUGUGGACUGGAUUCAUUUCAAGGGGUCCUUAAAAGAAAAAACUGUUGAAAACCUGGAAAAGUACGUGGUAAAGGAUCCAAAGCUUCCUCUCCUCCUAAGUCGCAUGAAUGAAUUAGCAAAAGUAUUUCUGGCCACCAACAGUGACUACCAAUACACAGAGAAAAUUAUGACCUACCUGUUUGACUUUCCUCAUGGACCAAAGCCUGGCACACCCCACCAGCCCUGGCAGUCUUACUUUGACCUGAUCCUGGUGGAUGCCCGGAAGCCUAUGUUCUUUGGAGAGGGAACAGUGCUGCGACAGGUUGACACUACGACAGGUCGCCUGAAGAUUGGCACAUACACUGGGCCUCUCCAGCAUGGUAUUGUUUACUCAGGAGGUUCUUCAGAUAUUGUGUGUGACUUGCUGGGUGCUAAAGGCAAGGACAUCCUUUACAUUGGAGACCACAUUUUUGGUGACAUUCUCAAAUCCAAGAAGCGCCAAGGCUGGAGGACUUUCCUGGUGAUACCUGAGCUGGCCCAGGAGCUGCAUGUGUGGACCGAUAAGAGCUCCAUAUUUGAGGAACUUCAGUCACUGGAAUGUUUCCUGGCAGAGCUUUACAAGCAUCUAGACAGUAGCAGCAAUGAGAGGCCUGACAUCAGCUCCUUGCAAAGACGGAUUAAGAAAGUGACCCAUGACAUGGACAUGUGCUAUGGCAUGAUGGGAAGUCUGUUCCGCAGCGGUUCCCGUCAGACACUGUUCGCCUCCCAGGUGAUGCGCUACGCUGACCUGUAUGCCGCCUCCUUCAUCAACCUGCUCUACUACCCCUUCAGCUAUCUGUUUAGAGCUGCGCAUGUACUGAUGCCUCAUGAAUCAACAGUGGAGCACACCCAUGUCAACAUCAUCGACACACAGUCUCCUCUGGCCACACGAAACCGCCACGAUGCUGAUUUCAAGGAGAUGGAGUGCAAACGGCACCAGCUCACACGAUCCAUCAGCGAGAUCCAGCCCCCCCACUUAUUUCCUCAGGCUCCACAGGAGAUUACCCACUGCCACGACGAAGAUGAUGAUGAGGAAGAGGAAGAAGAGUAGAUGAAGGGAGAAGAGCUGAGAAAUCUCCAGAUGAAUCCUUUUCUUACAUCCAGUUCAUUCGGUAUUAAUGUUUGAAUCUUUUCUCUAGCUAACAAUUACAGCACUGUAGCAGCUGAGGUGAGCUGUCAGAUUUACUUUCUGGCAUGUUCAUCUAAUUUUACAUUUGGAAGAACAGCUACACUGUCGACCAGUCUUAGGGCUGGUCUUGCACAUGAGAGAGACUACUGUAGAGUCAAGUGGUCUUGCUACUACUGUGGUAAAUGUACCUGUCCACAGCUAAAUAAGAGUUAUAAAGUGAGUUUAGAUUAAUAUCUCUUAGUAGUAUAAGGGUGUUUUCACACUUGGUCCCUUUAAGCCCUCAAAAUGAACUGAAAUUAGUCAAGUGUCUUGCCCAAGGACAC